GGAAGAACUUCCGCUGCAGGAGCAGGGCAUGUUCAUUGUACAGGCUGUUCUGAAAGAAUACCGCGGCUAUUAAGGUGAAGUCUGAAAUACGUGAUUACUUCAAAGUUGUUUAAUCAGUGAAAGACGACUUUUGUGUUCCGAUUUAGUUUGAUAUGUGUUAACCGGUUGGAGCCGCAUGUACGAAUGAUCGAAAAGUAACGGUUGCACGUUGUACAAAAUCGACAUCACCGUUGUCGGCUCAGGAAUUUGUUCGCUAGCACAGCUAGCUUUGAUAGCAAGCCACCUUGUGGUCCUGUCUUGGCAUUCUAGCCUGUAUUGUGGUAUGGAUUUUUAUCCAUAGACAGUUUCUAGUUUGAUCAGGAAUCUCGUUAAAGUGUAAUUUUAAUUGUUGUAGUUUUUCGCAUUUGUUUAAUUUGAGAAAAACAGCUUUCUAGUUAACGCUUGUCUGUGAAGGGGUGGCAUUUUGGGAGGAGAAAAUAACGUUCUCAGUGGUUUUUACAAAAAACAUCCCCAAACCAAUAAUCAUGAACGGGUUCAGCACUGAAGAAGACAGCCACGACGGCCCCCCAGCGCCGCCGUUUUACGGCCAGACUUGUUGUUUGAUUGAGGACGGUGAGCGCUGCGGACGAUCAGCUGGAAACGCCUCCUUCAGCAAACGGAUCCAAAAAAGCAUAUCGCAGAAAAAACUAAAGUUGGACAUCGACAAAAGCGUUCGACAUCUCUACAUAUGCGACUUCCACAAAAACUUCAUCCAGAGUGUCCGUAACAAGAGGAAGAGGAAGACCAGUGACGACGGAGGGGAGUCUCCGGACCAUGACGUGGAAGUUCCAGAGGUGGACCUGUUCCAGCUUCAGGUGAACACGCUGAGACGCUACAAGAGACACUACAAGCUGCAGACCAGACCUGGCUUGAACAAGGCCCAACUGGCUGAGACUGUCAGUCGUCACUUCCGGAAUAUCCCGGUGAACGAGAAGGAGACUCUGACCUAUUUUAUUUAUAUGGUGAAGAGCACCAAAAGCCGACUGGACCAGAAGUCGGACGGUAGCAAACAGCUGGAGUAAAGGCCACCGAUUUUAACUUCCCAUACCAAGACUUGGACAUGGACACGUGUGUUUGAUAACAAGGUGUUUUUCGACAGGCAUCCAAAACUGAUCUUAAGACAGUUGUUGAGACUCCGCAGGGUAAUGUAAUGCUGUAAUGUGAAUAUGCUGAUAUGUACAAAAUGCACAGAUUAUGAAGAAAUCAGCAAACGGUAGAAUGCAAUGUAUGAUAACUGCCUUAAAGGUGUUUGUGUUUUUUGUUUUUGUUUUGCGUCGACUGUUAACAACUUUGAAGAAGAAAAAUGAUGGGUUUGUGCCAAACCAGAGUGUGCAAACUUAAGAUAUCAAUAAACUGGACAGGGUGCAUUUUGUGAAUGAAAAGAUCAUUUAAAAAAAAAAAAUGUUUUAGGAAGCGUUGUACAUUUUCCCUGUUGUCCAGCUAGUACUCAUUCUGUUAUCCGGUGGUGUGACAUGCAUGUGAAGACUGAGGAAGUUGAAUGAUGUAGCAUUUUGGCAGACCCUUUCACAUUUAUUUUUUUUCCUCUCACUCAGACUUUUCCCUCUCCCUCGAUCUUCUACACUGAAACACACACUCAGACUUUUCCCUCUCCCUCUAUCUUCUACACUGAAACACACUCAGACUUUUCCCUCUCCCUCGAUCUUCUACACUGAAACACACACAGACUUUUCCCUCUCCCUCGAUCUUCUACACUGAAACACACACACAGACUUUUCCCUCUCCCUCGAUCUUCUACACUGAAACACACACACACACAGACUUUUCCCUCUCCCUCGAUCUUCUACACUGAAACACACACACAGACUUUUCCCUCUCCCUCGAUCUUCUACACUGAAACACACACACAGACUUUUCCCUCUCCCUCGAUUUUCUACACUGAAACACACACACAGACUUUUCCCUCUCCCUCGAUCUUCUACACUGAAACACACACACAGACUUUUCCCUCUCCCUCGAUCUUCUACACUGAAACACACACACAGACUUUUCCCUCUCCCUCGAUCUUCUACACUGAAACACACACACAGACUUUUCCCUCUCCCUCGAUCUUCUACACUGAAACACACACACAGACUUUUCCCUCUCCCUCGAUCUUCUACACUGAAACACACACACAGACUUUUCCCUCUCCCUCGAUCUUCUACACUGAAACACACACACAGACUUUUCCCUCUCCCUCGAUCUUCUACACUGAAACACACACACAGACUUUUCCCUCUCCCUCGAUCUUCUACACUGAAACACACACACAGACUUUUCCCUCUCCCUCGAUCUUCUACACUGAAACACACACACAGACUUUUCCCUCUCCCUCGAUCUUCUACACUGAAACACACACACAGACUUUUCCCUCUCCCUCGAUCUUCUACACUGAAACACACACACAGACUUUUCCCUCUCCCUCGAUCUUCUACACUGAAACACACUCAAGACUGAAGUGGCGUUUCAGUUUUAAAAAAAAGUUAUUUUCAAAUAUUGUUGUCGAUGUUUUUUUUUAUAUAUAUUUGUUUUCUCUACCCGCUACCCUUUUUGUGAUAAAUAUAAGAACAGUACUUUUAGUUUAUCCUUGAUUGUAAGAUUUCUAUGUGAAGUUGUGUUUCUGGUGGGAGUAGCUAUUUCAACAAUUGUUUUUUAGAUUUGCUUUCAGCAAUUUGAGACUAAUUUUAAGCAAUUCAUUAAAGUUGUGUUCAUUCGAGUGGGAAAUGCCUUAUCACAAUAUGUUAUUUCCAAAGCAAAUGUUGUUGCGCUACUAACACGGGCACAAUAUAGAAAGUCUCAACUUGAGAGCAGUGAACUGCGUGUGAACCACUUAAAUUGCUUUCAACAGUGCACAAUGAGCACUGGCUGUACCUUUUUGCGUUAGUGUUUACAAUAUGUUAGUUCUAUUCUAUUGGAAUGUAUUUCUGAGGAAUUACAUUUACAUUUAACAGACGCUCUUAUCCAGAGCGACUUACAAGUACAUACAUUCAUACUUUUUUUGUACUGGUCCCCCGUGGGAAUCGAACCCACAACCCUGGCGUUGCAAGCGCCAUGCUCUACCAACUGAGCCACACGGGACCUGGAAUCAUGUCGCCCUGGACGUGUCAAGUCCAUUUCCUUUCCUGGCACGGUGUUGAAAUGAUGUGUGUCUAGUGGAUCACAGUACCAAUUAUAGUCACUGGAGGAAGAUGGGAGUUGGGUUUUGUUUCCUCUGUGUCACUAAUUAUGAGUUUCUUCACUUCAACACCGCUGUAUGUUCACUGGUUUGUUUGAGUCAGUGGUCUCUCCACAGAUGGUAUGCCUUUUUUUUUUUUUUGUAUUGAAUUGUUUAAAUUUUCCCUGUCCUUAUUUAAGUCCCAAGAAAUAAGUCAUGUCUGCUGCGUUCCAUGUUACACCAUCAGUUAGCCAUGUCGGGUGUGUCAUUGCUGAAUUAUCGAUGGCUUUUUUUUUCUCUUUUUUUUUGCCUUGUUAGCACCAUAUAGAGUUCCCCUCUUGAACAUAUUGGCUGUGCUGCGUUAAUACUGUAUUGGCUGUGCUGCUUUAAACCUAACUGUUGUAAUAGAUAAUACGUGUAUUUAAAAAUGGCUGCGUAUUGCUUUUAAUAAACGUAUUGUACAUAGAUAA